AUGCCUGGCCCUGCACCAGGGUUCCCCGACCCGGCUGGGAUCUCCCGGCUGGAGCGAGGGGAAGAGCCCAGGGUCCCGGAUCUCCAGGGCUCCGAGGAAAGGGAGAUCCCGAGAGGUGCCCGCGCAGCAUGCGCCAGGACGGAGGAGAAUCCCCAGCGGGAAGGGCCUGCAGGAACGGAGUCUUACGGCAGCCCCAAGCAGGGGGAGGGCCGGCCCGACUGGGAGACAGUGUGCGAGAGCCCCUUGCAGGAAAUCCUGGUGCACCAGCGCACCCACAUGGGUGAGAAGCCCUACAAAUGCCCCGAGUGCGGGAAGAGCUUCCACCAGAGCUCCCACCUCAUCCGGCACCAGCGCAUCCACACCGGGGAGCGCCCCUACAAAUGCACCGACCAGCACCAGCGCAUCCACACCGGGGAGCGCCCCUACAAAUGCACCGAGUGUGGGAAGAGCUUCACGCUCAGCUCCCACCUGAUCCGCCACCAGCGCACGCACACGGGCGAGCGGCCCUACAAAUGCGGCGAGUGCGGCAAGGCCUUCGCCGAGAGCUCCCACCUGCGCCAGCACCGCCGCACCCACCGCUGCGAGCCGCCCUACAAGUGCCCCGACUGCGGGCGCGCCUUUGCCCUGAGCCUGGACUUUGUGCAGCACGUGCGGGAGCACACGGAGCGCCGCCCCUACCGCUGCGGGGCCUGCGGACGUUGCUUCCCCCUCAGCUCGGCCCUCUCGCAGCACCGCAAGAGCCACCACCGCCCCCCGGCCGCCCCCAAGGCCCACCCGUGCGGGGUGUGCGGGAAGGUGUUCGGGAAGAGUUCGCACCUGGUGACCCACCGGCGGGUGCACACGGGCGAGAAGCCCUUCGCCUGUGCGGAGUGCGGGCGCGGCUUCAGUCAGAGCGCCGACCUGGCGAAGCACCGGCGCACCCACACCGGCGAGCGGCCCUACCGCUGCCCCGAGUGCGGCAAGAGCUUCAGCGUCUCCUCCACCCUGGUCAAGCACCAGCGCAGCCACAAGGGGGAGCGGCCCUACCCCUGCCCCGAGUGUGGCAAGUGCUUCAGCCAGAGCUCCAACCUCAUGCAGCACCAGCGCAGCCACCGCGGGCACCGGCCCUACCACUGCACCGAGUGCGGCAAGGCCUUCGCCCAGAGCUCGGCCCUCCUGCAGCACCACCGCACCCACACCGGUGAGAAGCCCUUCGCCUGCCUUCAGUGUGGCAAAGCCUUCAGCCUCAGCUCCAACCUGCGGCAGCACCGGCGCACGCACCGCGAAGACACCGGCCCUGCCUGGGGAGCGGCUGCAGGAGCUGGCCCACUCGGACACAUCCAGAAAUACCUCGGCUGA